CUUGAACAAUUCCCUAUCCACAUCAGCCUCUUCGAACUCUCCUCUUCUUACGUCUAUGAGUUGAUCAAAUUUACAUCCCAUUCUUGAUCAUGGAACUCGAGCUCAGCAAAAGAUCUUCGGCGUACACCCCCGAACAAAUCGCUCAAUGGGAGGAAUAUAUCAAUCUUCCUUCUCAGUACCGCUUGAGCUCCAAGCCUACGUUGAACCUCAAUUAUCUUACGGCUCUGCAUACUUAUCAGAUUGCCCACGUCCCUUACGAGAAUCUCGUUCUUCAUUAUUCUAGCAAGCAUGAGGUGGACUUAGAUCCGCAAGUGCUUUUCCAAAAGAUUGUGGGAAACAAGAGGGGAAGAGGAGGGUAUUGUAUGGAGAACAGCAUUUUCUUUAACCAUAUUCUUAGAGCAUUGGGUUGGACUGUUUAUACAGCGGGCGUAAAGAUUAGACCUAGAGUUGGAGGGGUUCCUGGUGGUAAUUUUACGGGGUGGGUUCACAUCGUCAAUAUCGUCACUCUUCCCACGGGCGAGAAAUACCAGCUCGAUGUCGGCUUCGGAGGGGAUGGUCCGACACAUCCUCUGCCCCUCAUCCACGGUCACGAAUCGCUGAACCUGGGAACCCAGACCGUGCGUUUACUCCACCGUCCAAUUCCUUGCAACGUCGAUCAGACUCAGAAAUGGUGGGUAUAUCAAUACCGUAACUCUUCUACCCAGGAAUGGAACACCUUCUAUGCCUUUCCCGAGCUGGAAUUCAGCGAGGCGGAUUUUGGUGUUAUGAAUUGGUGGACGAGUCAAAGCAUGUACGAGUCAAAUUUUCAGACGAGAAGAGUAUUGAUUGUGAGGUUCUUUCUUGGAAAGGUUGAUGAGGAUCUAGAGAGGGGAAGUGAGGAUGAGGAGGGUAAAGGAGGAAAGGAAGGCAUUGUGGGGAAGGCUAUGCUGGUUGACGGGGAGGUGAAGAGGAAUGAUGGAGGCAAGACGAGAGUUUUGAUGGUCUGUAAGAGUGAGGAGGAGAGGGUCAAGGUCAUUAGAGAGCACUUUGGAAUUGAGUUGACACAGGAAGAAAUUCGGGCUGUGAGAGGAAGGAUUGUAGAGCUAAAACACGACUAAGAGACUACAUGGUUGGCUGUGAAAUUCCCAAAUCUCACUCCUACCAAGUGUCC